AUGUGUAAGGCUGGAGGUUUUGAGUCGCUCUUCCCGAUGCAGGAGCUGUCGCUCAUGGGGCUUGUGGAAGUGGUGCCAUAUCUUUGGCGCUUUCGGCGGCGGAUUCAAGAUACUUUGCGAGAUAUUGAAGCUUACCAGCCGGAGUUGGUGCUUACGAUCGACUCAAAGGGGUUUACGUUUCGAGUGCUGAAGGCGUUGCAAGCGAGUGAGCAGCAGAGUGGUGGCAAACGCAUUAAGAAGGCACACUACGUGGCACCGUCGGUCUGGGCGUACAAGCACCGAGGCAAACGUGACUUCACGGAGCUUCAGCAGCUUUUGGAUGCCAUGUUCACCAUCUUGCCCUUCGAAGAGGACAUCUUCCGUGCGGGUGAGAGCAGUCAGAGAUUGGAGAGUGGUGAAGAAGGCGCGACGCAAUCGUGGUGUCAUUUUGUGGGCCAUCCUGCUGUCGAAGACUUCCUGGAAGCUCAUGGAGCCUUCGAUCGAAUUCCUGACUACGAAGGCGCCUCCGCGGAGACAGACGCCCGGCAACUUGAAAUUGGAGCAGACGCUCUUCUAGACUUGUCAAAGUUGGACAUGAGCAAUUUGCUCGAGCGUGGUCAGUUUUUCCACGCUUUGGCGGCGAGGGGACGUGAACCGAACUCCAGAGCCCAAGCCAGAAAAGAGUUUGGCGUCCCCGAUGAUGCGUUUGUGAUCUGCGCCCUUGUUGGGAGCCGAGCAAAUGAAGUGAAAAAGUCGGCGCGGUUGGUACUUAAUGCCAUCGCUGAAUUUAAGCAAACAAAUGCCUCGAUGCGGGAGAAGAAUAUCCGUGUCGUGUUCCCAACUAUUGCUGCAGUGGAGGAUCAAGUGAAUGCCUACAUCUCCGUGGCAUUUCCUGAAGUAAAGUGCCAGGUGCUUACUGAUCUCGAUGCAGCAGCACGAUUUCGAUUGUUUCAGGGGUCUGAUCUAGCGUUGGCCGUGUCGGGGACGAUUGUGCUUGAAACUACGUUAGCGAACUUGCCGACCGUGGUGAUUUACUGCGCCAACAAAGUGACGGAGUGGAUCGCCCAGCGAUUGGCUGCUGUGCGAUUCGUAUCCGUCCCCAAUCUGCUGCUCGGAAGAUCUCUGCUGCCCGAGUUGCUUUUUAGUGAGUGUACUGCUUCGAAUAUUGCCAGCGCACUCGGGUAA